AUGUCUUUGUUUCCAAGGCACGAUGACCACUCGUCAUCUUCAUCCGAAGCAAUGUCCUCCAUGCACAUGAUCAUGACCUUCACCAACUCUCAUCAAACUCCUCUCUACGCCGACUCAUGGACCCCCCAAUCAGCCGGUGCAUAUGCCGGAACCUGCAUCUUUCUGGUGCUCCUCGCCAUGAUCUUGCGUUCCCUGUUCGCAGUCAAGACCAUCUGUGAACAUAGGUGGGCUGCAGCAGCACGGAACCGUCGCUUUGUUGUGAUCAAAGGGCUGUCGACCGAGGCGGGCAGAAUCGAUCGUGAUCCAGAUGCGAAGGUCGGCUCGUUGGUCACGGCACAAGGUGUCGAGGAACAGGUCAAGGUCGUGCAAGCUAGAUCGAGACCUGUCCUACCAUUUCGUUUGUCUGUCGAUGUUCCUCGAGCAAUCCUGACCACCAUCAUCGCUGGGGUGGGAUAUCUACUGAUGUUGGCUGUCAUGACAAUGAACGUUGGCUAUUUCUUAUCAGUGCUGGCAGGCGUGUUUGUUUCCGAGUUGGCUGUGGGCCGAUACGUGCAUAGUGAGGAGCAUGACCAUUGA